CAGGGUAUGACUGGAGGACAGCAGGGAUAUGCUGCAGGUGGACAGGGUCUUGCUACUGGACAGCAGGGAUACGCUGCCGGAGGACAAGGCGUUACUGGACAGCAGGGAUAUGCUGCAGGCGGACAGGGCGUUACUGGUGGACACGGGCUUGCUCAUGCUCAACACCAAGAGCACGGCCAGCACGCAGCUGUUGGUACUACCACCGGCCUUGCUGGUACACACGCUACCCAUGGAACACACGGCACUCAUGGAACCCAAGCUACCCAUGGAACCCAUGGCACACACGAGAACCAGUCGACAAUGGACAAGGUCAAGGACACUUUGCAGUCUCGUCACCAGGGACAAACCAAGUCACAGGCUGCUAAGGAAGAAUAUCGUGAUGCCGGCCAUGAGGCUGACAAGCAGACACCAGAGGGGCACAAGCCUGGCUUCAUGGACAAGGUGAAGGCCAAGCUCCACAAGGAAGACACAAAGUAGUGAAUUUAUAGCACUUAAUGAUGACGGCUACCAAAUUAUCCUAGGAAUGCCUUGGGCCUAUCAUUACCAAACGCCCGAAUGCUCGCCGACAGCGUUUGCUAUCCGUUCUUGUUCGUCUGCAGUCUUUUUCCCAUCGUGUUCAGGGGCAUCUGCCUCAUCGGUCACCUCUGCGGGACCCUCACUCGUCAUACCAGCGUAACCUUUUGCACGUUCA